AUGGACUCCCGGACCUGCCAGGACAGGCAGCCCAGUGACCACCCCAGCAGCAGCAGCAGCAAUUGUAGCAGCAGCAAGAGUAAUUGUGAAAGGGAAAGGAUCCGGAGUCAGAUGAAAAUGGUGAUCGGGCAACUGGAAGGCAUCUUACAGGAGCUCAAGGAGGUGGCCAAGGAGCUCCGGGAGGUGGUGAGCCAGAUCGACCGACUGACGUCCGACUUCGAGUUCGAGCUGGAGCCGGACGACUGGACGACGGCGACGGUCAGCAGCACCUCCAGCAGUGAGAAGGGGGGAGGCGCCUUCGAGCUGGGACCCCUCGAUUUCUCCGCCUCCGACAUCCUCUCCGACAGCUGGGAAUUCUGCUCCUUCCUGGAUGCUUCCACUCCCUCCGACCCGGGCGACGGUCCCGAGCCCCCCCGGCCGCAGCCGCAGCCCCCGCCGGCUCGCCAGCCCGAUUACCGGCUGAUGAACGGGGGGAUCCCCAUCACCAACGGUCCCCGGGGCGGUGGGACCCCGGAUUCAUCCAGCGAGGAAGCCUUCGGCGCGACGGCCGGCCAGAAGAUCCCGCAUCACCGGCCGGCCGGCACGCGGGAACGGGUCAGAUUCAGCGACAAGGUGCUUUACCACGCUCUGUGCUGCGAUGACGACCGGGACGGUGACAGCACGGUGUCCCCAGGGGAUGAUGGCCCCGAGGAGCCCGGCCGUAAGGUGCUGGCGGGACCACCCUCGAAGCAUCCUUCCACCGGUGGUGGUGGUGGACCCCCGGCGCGGCGGCUGACGAGGAACAGCAGCACACAGACCGUAGCCGAUAAAAGCACCCAGACGGUGCUGCCUUAUAUCCCGGCCAAGCAGAAAAUUAAAAAUAAAAACUGA